CCUGCCUCCUGUCGCCGCUGGAGUGCGGCUCAGGUCGGGCCGGGCACAGUCGCCUCUCCGUCCAUGGUGGCCGCCGUGCGAUCAUGACGGGGAAGAAGUCUUCCCGGGAGAAGCGGCGGAAACGAAGCAGUCAGGAGGCGGCCGCGGCGGCCUCGGCCCCGGACGUGGCGCCCGCCGUGGCCAGCAGCGGCAGCGGCAGCACCAGCGGCUGCGGCAGCACCAGCGGCUGCGGGAGCGUCACCUGCUGCGGGAACACCAGCUUCAGCGGCAGUGUCACGGGCGGCGGGAGCGUGGGCAGCUGCUGGGGCGGGAGCAGCGUGGAGCGCAGCGAGCGGCGGAAGAGAAGGAGCACGGACUCGUCGUCCAGCGUGUCGGGGUCCCUGCCGCAGGAAACUAAGUAUCUAUUGCCAUCUUUGGAAAAAGAAUUGUUCUUGGCAGAGCACAGUGACCUGGAAGAAGGGGGACUGGACUUGACUGUAUCAUUAAAACCAGUUAGUUUCUAUAUAUCAGACAAAAAAGAAAUGCUUCAGCAGUGCUUCUGUAUCAUAGGUGAGAAGAAGUUACAGAAGAUGCUUCCUGAUGUGUUAAAGAACUGUUCAAUAGAAGAAAUUAAAAAACUGUGCCAGGAACAGUUAGAACUCCUGUCUGAAAAAAAAAUCUUGAAGAUUCUUGAGGGUGACAAUGGUGCGGACUCUGAUAUGGAAGAAGAGACAGAUGAUGCCUCAAAGAUGGGAUCUGAUUUAGUCAGUCAGCAAGAUGUCUGUACGGAUUCUGCUUCAUCCUUGAGGGAAAACAAGCAACCUGAAGGAUUGGAAUUAAAGCAAGGAAAAGGGGAAGAUAGUGAUGUGCUCAGUAUAAAUGCAGAUGCUUAUGACAGUGACAUAGAAGGUCCAUGCCAUGAAGAAGCGACUGUUCCUGAGGUCCCAGAGAAUGCAGUCCAAAGUGAAGCUGGUCCGAUAGAUGACCUGGAGAAAGACAUUGAGAAGAGUGUGAAUGAGAUUCUGGGGUUGGCGGAGUCUAGUCCACAGGAACCCAAAGCAGCCACCCUGACUGUUCCCCCACCAGAAGAUGUGCAACCUUCAGCACAGCAGCUGGAGCUGCUGGAACUUGAAAUGAGGGCACGAGCAAUUAAAGCGCUAAUGAAAGCGGGCGACGUAAAAAAGCCAGCGUAG